AUGUACAUCCCGCCAUCCGACCCGCGAAGACCAGCCAAGGUGACGGCCGGCCAGCUCUGCGAGCUGUGCCACGCGCGCAAGGCGCUGGUAAAGCGCCCCAAGAACUUGCAGAAAGUCUGUAAACUGUGCUUCUUCCAUGUAUUCGAAACCGAAAUCCACAAUACCAUUAUGGAGAACAAGCUAUUCCAGCGCGGGGAGCGGGUGGCAGUUGGCGCGUCCGGUGGGAAAGACUCCACGGUGCUUGCGUACAUAUUGAAGCUGCUCAACGAAAGACACGACUAUGGUCUCGAGAUUGUGCUUCUGAGCAUCGACGAGGGCAUUGUGGGCUACCGAGACGAUUCGCUAGCUACUGUGAAGCGCAACCAGGAGCAAUACGGGUUGCCCCUGAAGAUUGUGUCCUACAAGGACCUCUACGACUGGACGAUGGACGAAAUAGUUGCCUGCGCCGGGAUGCGCAACAGCUGCACCUACUGCGGCGUCUUUCGACGCCAGGCGCUUGAUCGCGGCGCGGCAAUGCUUGACAUCCAUCAUGUUGUGACGGGCCAUAACGCGGACGACAUGGCCGAGACGGUGCUCAUGAACAUCCUGCGCGGCGACGUUGCGCGACUCGAGAAAUCAACCGCCAUUCUCACCCAGAGCAGCGGCUCGCCGGUCAAGCGUUCCAAGCCGUUCAAGUAUGCAUACCAGAAGGAAAUCGUGCUCUACGCGCACUACAAAAAGCUCGACUACUUUUCGACCGAGUGCUCUUAUGCUCCCGAGGCCUUCCGAGGCACAGCCCGCGAGCUCAUGAAGAACCUCGAGGCUGUGAGACCCAGCUGUAUCAUCGACAUCAUACAUAGCGGCGAGGCUCUGCGCUUGCGCCCGCGCCCCAAGAAACGUGCCCCGCCACCGGGCAGUGUUGAGAUCCGCGCCGAUGGCUCGGCCUCUCUGUUCCGCAACGAGGGCUUUGUCGACGGGAACCGCUGCGAGCGUUGCGGCUAUCUAUCCAGCAACCGAAUCUGCAAGGCCUGCAUGUUGCUAGAGGGACUGGAAAAGAACCGCGCCCGUGUGCAGAUAGCGGACGACACCUCUACAGAAGGUGCUGCAAGGCUCACCAGGACCCUGGAGAAGUUACAUUUCUAG